AUGAGACCUCCUCAGUCCUCUCUCAGACCUCUCUCAGUCCUCUCAGACCUCCUCAGUCCUCUCAGUCCUCUCAGACCUCCUCAGUCCUCUCUCAGUCCUCUCAGACCUCCUCAGUCCUCUCUCAGUCCUCUCUCAGACCUCCUCAGUCCUCUCUCAGACCUCCUCAGUCCUCUCUCAGACCUCCUCAGUCCUCUCAGACCUCCUCAGUCCUCUCUCAGACCUCCUCAGUCCUCUCUCAGACCUCCUCAGUCGCAUCGCAGACCUCCUCAGUCCUAUCUCAGUCCUCUCUCAGACCUCCUCAGUCCUCUCAGACCUCCUCAGUCCUCUCUCAGUCCUCUCUCAGACCUCCUCAGUCCUCCCUCAGACCUCCUCAGUCCUCUCAGACCUCCUCAGUCCUCUCUCAGACCUCCUCAGUCCUCUCUCAGACCUCCUCAGUCGUAUCUCAGACCUCCUCAGUCCUAUCUCAGUCCUCUCUCAGACCUCCUCAGUCCUCUCAGACCUCCUCAGUCCUCUCAGACCUCCUCAGUCCUCUCUCAGACCUCCUCAGUCCUCUCAGACCUCCUCAGUCCUCUCUCAGACCUCCUCAGUCCUCUCAGACCUCCUCAGUCCUCUCUCAGACCUCCUCAGUCCUCUCAGACCUCUCUCAGUCCUCUCUCAGUCCUCUCUCAGACCUCUCAGUCCUCUCUCAGUCCUCUCUCAGACCUCUCUCAGUCCUCUCUCAGACCUCCUCAGUCCUCUCUCAGACCUCCUCAGUCCUCUCUCAGACCUCCUCAGUCCUCUCUCAGACCUCUCUCAGUCCUCUCUCAGACCUCCUCAGUCCUCUCUCAGACCUCCUCAGUCCUCUCUCAGACCUCCUCAGUCCUCUCUCAGACCUCCUCAGUCCUCUCUCAGACCUCCUCAGUCCUCUCUCAGACCUCCUCAGUCGUAUCUCAGACCUCCUCAGUCCUAUCUCAGUCCUCUCUCAGACCUCCUCAGUCCUCUCAGACCUCCUCAGUCCUCUCUCAGACCUCCUCAGUCCUCUCAGACCUCCUCAGUCCUCUCUCAGACCUCCUCAGUCCUCUCAGACCUCCUCAGUCCUCUCUCAGACCUCCUCAGUCCUCUCAGACCUCCUCAGUCCUCUCUCAGUCCUCUCUCAGACCUCCUCAGUCCUCUCUCAGUCCUCUCUCAGACCUCUCUCAGUCCUCUCUCAGACCUCCUCAGUCCUCUCUCAGACCUCCUCAGUCCUCUCUCAGACCUCCUCAGUCCUCUCUCAGACCUCUCUCAGUCCUCUCUCAGACCUCCUCAGUCCUCUCUCAGACCUCCUCAGUCCUCUCUCAGACCUCCUCAGUCCUCUCUCAGACCUCCUCAGUCCUCUCUCAGACCUCCUCAGUCCUCUCUCAGACCUCUCUCAGUCCUCUCUCAGACCUCCUCAGUCCUCUCUCAGACCUCUCUCAGUCCUCUCUCAGACCUCCUCAGUCCUCUCUCAGACCUCCUCAGUCCUCUCUCAGACCUCCUCAGUCCUCUCUCAGACCUCUCUCAGUCCUCUCUCAGACCUCCUCAGUACUCUCUCAGACCUCCUCAGUCCUCUCUCAGACCUCCUCAGUCCUCUCAGACCUCCUCAGUCCUCUCUCAGACCUCUCUCAGUCCUCUCUCAGACCUCCUCAGUCCUCUCUCAGACCUCCUCAGUCCUCUCUCAGACCUCUCUCAGUCCUCUCUCAGACCUCUCUCAGUCCUCUCAGAGUCUGCUUCCUAGACCUCAGUCCGUAA